AUGUUACUGGUUGAAAUUGACAAUUUGAGGAUGGAGCGUGAUGAAGCCAGAGAAGAAAUAGCAAGAUUAAAGAAACGCAUAAAUCAGUUGGAAAAGUGCUCAACAGUUUCCAGUAACUCUGUGGCUGAAUCAGACUGUAACUGUAAUUUGAUGACUGGUUUAUCAUGGGCAGUGUUUUUACAACUAUUUGCAGCACUUAGUGUCUCAUUUGGUGAAUUUAGCUGUACUAGGGACAGCCUGCCACUGAGAGAACAGUUCUUUAUAACACUAAUCAAAUUAAGACAUGGAGUAACCUUUGAUUUCCUUGCACACAUUCGAGGUUGUCCGAAGUCCACAGUUAUAAAUUAUUUUUGGAAGUGGACUGAUUUGAUCCAUUCAAAACUCGGCUUUAUGGUGCAGUGGCCUACAAGGGAAAACAUAUUUAACAAAAUUCCACCAAUUUUUAAAAAGAAAUUCCCAAGGUUGACAUCAAUCAUAGAUUGUUUUGAGAUUUUUAUAGAUGCACCCAAAACUUUGUUAGCAAGGGCACAGUGCUAUAGUAGCUACAAAAAACACACUACUGUGAAAGUCUUCAUCUCUUGCAGUCCCCUUGGGCAGAUAAAUUUUAUUUCGAGUGCUUGGGGUGGUCGUGUGUCAGAUGUGCACCUUGUCCGUGAAAGUGGAUUUAUAUCACCAAAGUUACAUUUCCCGGAGGAUCAAAUCCUUGCAGAUCGAGGUUUUACUUUGGUGGAAGAUUUUGCCACCAGUUGCUCAGCGCAUCUGAUUAUACCAGCUUUCACCAAAGGAAAACUCCAGUUGUCUGCUGAGGAAGUUGAAAAUUCACGGAAAAUCUCUUCUGUGCGUAUUCAUAUCGAGAGAGUAAUUGGGAACAUGAAAAACCGAUACACCAUUUUACAAGGCCCGUUGCCAAUUCGCAUGAUUCAAAGUUUAAAAAAUGAAGCAAUGGGUGCAGAAUUGGCCAGCAUAGACAAGCUUGUUAAAGUUUGUGCAGUACUGACGAACAUGGGGGGCAGUAUUGUAUAUGCUGAAUGA